AUGGAAGAAAAGAAGGAGACGGUCGAACAGAAUACAAGACGGCCGGAGGAAUCACAUCCCGAAGCCUUUGGUGUGCACAACGAACCAUCUCCGACUCCACACGUUCGAACAGCCCCAAACUGCACUAGGAGCCAUAAAACUUUAGGUUGGUCGAUGAAAUUUCAUUUCAGUACGAUGAAUUCCUUACUAGUUCAAGAGAUGGCCGACAGAGUGACAUUUGGCCGAUCGCGAGCAAGUAAAUGGCCGACAACAAAUCACGGCAUUUACCGCGGCCACCGGCUCAAAUCAACUCAUCAAGCAUCCACAAGGCAUCCAAGAAGAAAAUCCAGAUUGGAACGAGCGCAAUUGGAGAAGGCCGAAGGAAGACGUUCCCGGAGCCGCUUUGAAAAGUUUUCAAAGGAAUCUCAAACCACUCGUUCAAACGACCCCAUACUUCACCAGUCGCCAUAUUAUACAAUAUUGGUCGACGAAAUUUCAAGAUAG